AUAACGCAGCCCGCAGAGCGGCAACAGCCAAACGAUAAAACGAACCCACCAUUGUUGAAACUACCCGCGCCUCUUGUGCGGCGAGGUGAAUAGAUAGUCGAUCAUACUGCGGCAACUGCGCUCUGUCUUCAUCUCAAUGGGAAGCUUAUUAGGGUUUCGGCCCCCUCAAUUCUCAGAGGAUGGGGCAUGGCUACCUUGUUGGCUUCAGCAGGAAGACUGCGAUGCCGAAGCAUCUGUUCUGGGACUCGAGCAAGGGCAAUCUUCGCCGGAGCCAUGUGUUGAGGGACACCACAAUUGUCAGAAACAUGUCUGCAACAUCAGUGCUGAUGAAUUUCUAGGGGAGGAAGGCAGAUAUACCAAUUGUCAUUUAUAUUUAUCUGGAGAUGACAGUUCACUGCUGACUGCCACUCAGUCUAUUGAUAAUGCGCCUCAAUUUCACCUUCAUCUAUCACUGGAUUGUAGUUCGGUGGGAAUGCCAAGCCCGUGUAUUGAUGCAUUUCACGUUGAGAGGAAUGAAAUAUAUUCUGAUCUACAUGUGCAAAACCCUGAAGUUUCAGAUCCAAAAGCAAACAAUGUAUUAAAUGCAGAACAGAACAUUGAUGCAAUUGCCUGCUCUUUAGUUCAUGAAUUUCAAAGAACCGAGAAUGAUAUGACCAUGAAGGAGCUUGAAGAAAAAUCCAGAUCAUUAGAAGUUGAGAAAAUGUGUGAUGCAGUUGUAAUGAACUGUUCUUUAGCUCCUGAAUGUGACAGGGCACCAGAAGAUCAGAGUUUGGAGGGUCUUGAAGAAGAUUCCAGAUUAGUAGAAAUUGAGCAAACAGAUGAUGCAGUUGAGAUGUCUAUUUCAGCUUCUGAAGCACUAGUUAUUCAUGAAGUUUUCAGAACUCUGUCCUCAGAAUUUCCAGUUUCCUCUGUGUUGGAAGCCGCACUUCAGUUGAAACAAGCUCGCUUAGAAGUCUGGAAAGAUUCUCAUGAGACCAGCUGCAAUUCAUUAUUAGAAGAGGAAAUUACUGAUGCCGAAUAUUGUUUAGGUUCAGAAGAUAUACAUAAGGAAAAUGUCCAUGAUCACUUAGAAGGUGAUAACUUAAGUGUUUCUCAAGUGAAAGACACUCUUGACUCCGAAAAUUGUGGACAAGAGAGAAAAUCUGAACUGGUGAACACAUCUACCUCUCAAUAUGAUCAUCUACAAGGCUAUAACUUAAGUGUUUCUCAAGUUAAAGACACUCUUGACUCAGAAAGUUGUGGACAAGACAGAAAAUCAAAACCUUUGGUUGUUCAGCUACCUGAUACUGAACAAAAUCUACAUGGCAAUGACUUCACAAACCACAAAAUGGAGGUUCAUGAGAAUGAUCAUCAGUUAAAACAGAACACAGUUGGAUCAUAUGAUUGUGACUGGCAUAAUAAGUCCACUAUGGGGCUGCCUUCCACUAACAUGUCACAUCAAAGCAAUCCCAUGUUGCAUCUUCUGGGGCAAGUAAGUCCUGUUGUUUCAGCUGCAUUAGAGACAGAAGAUCAUAAUUCUACAGAAGAGUGUUCAUUGCAAGCAAACCUUGAGUCUCCUUGUGCAAAGCGGUUUGAAAUUGAUGGACAACAUUAUGGAGUAUCAGGCACAGUGUCUAAUAGAUUUCAGAGUCGCUGGUUUGGAGGUUGGUCUGGCAAUGACACAAAUAUUUCAGUUCCAAUGAGACCAAAUAAUAUUAAAAUCAUAGCUGGCCAUUUUGCCGGUGAGACAAGCUAUUUGUCAGAAUCAGCAGAUUUGGCUCCAGAUGAAAACUCCUUUGUGGGACCCAAACCAGACGAAAAAGCUUGCAUUGCUUCUCAAUCAACUAUACCUUCUGAAGGUGCUCUUAUAAAAAGGAAUAAUCAAGUACUUCUCUCACAGGAUGCAUCUAGAUUUUCAAGUCCAUCCUAUGUCGAUCCACUCUGCUCUGUUGUUCCCUGCAGUAUUCCAUCCCAAAACAUGCUUUCUCGUUCAGCUUUAUGUGAUGAUAAACAGGUCUAUAUGGAAAAGUUCUUCACUCCUGGUACUGAACAUAUAGAAAACUUGCAGAGUAACUCAAAUCUGGACAACAAGGUUCUCUCAGAACAAAUUUCCAUUUCAGAAGCUAGUGCUGAUCGACCAGAUCAUUCUGUUCAUAAAGAAUUGAUCUCAAUGAGAAGUAUUAGUAUGCGAUCUUGCUAUGUGUCAUCUUUGCAAAAUGGGAGUCUGGGUAAAACACGUCUGCUGGAUAAAAGCUUGCCACCUCCGAACCUGUAUGGCUCAACAGAGAGUGUACAUGGAUUUCCAUCAGGUUUGCAAAAAGAAAGGAAUUCACACUUCUUGUCCAUGAAAAAAGGGUCCGUGCAGCAUUUAGAUCAUUUUUCAUCUGAGUUUAGUGCAGAAGCAAAUGGAAAACAGAUUGAGGGAAGUCAAACUGUAGCAGAGAUUCCAACACAUCCAAACCUCUUGAAGCUUCAGCUUAUACAUGAAAAUCAAAAUAUUACCUCAUCAGGAACAAUAAAGCGUGUCCGGUUUGCAGAAAUUGAAACGAAGGUUCCACACGGAGAAAAACGACUAAAGCAGCAAAUCACAUCAAAUGCUUGCCACACUGUAAGAGCUUCCAAAUGUCUGAGACCUUCACGUUCACAUUUUGAGUCAAGAGCUCACAAUAAGAAAGGGACUCUAACUAAUUGCCAAGCCAAAUUUGUGAAGACGUUAUUCCAAUCUAUGAAGUUCUUGCUUACUGGGUUUCCAAAGCAAAAGUUAAAGAAAAUUGAAGACCUGAUAAGGAAGUAUGGUGGGACAGUGCUCACUGAUAUCCCUUUUGGAAAUAAGAGAAAGAGGAGCUCUAGACAUAGAGAGCAGGCACUUCCUAUUGUUUUGUGCCCAAAGAAGCUACAAACAAUGAAGUUCUUAUAUGGCUGCGCAGUUGGUGCCUUGAUGGUCAAAGCUAAAUGGCUCACUGAUUCAAUCGCAGCAAGUUCCCUCUUACCACCUGAACAAUACAUGAUUCUACGAAAAUCUUUUGGAGGGUCUUUACAAACUGAAAUUCUUCUGAGAGGCAGUAGUAACUAUAUCUUUGAUGGUGUUGGCAUUAUGCUUCAUGGCUCAAAAAGAAAUUGCACUGGGAUAGCAAAAGUAAUCGAGCAUGGCGGUGGAAGAGUUUUAAAAACACUCCAAAAAUUGGUUUUAAGUCUUGAUGCUGCAGAGAUUAGUCUUGGGUUUAUUGUGACUGAUGAUGGAAGUUGGACUUCAAGACACUUGAAGCAGUGUGCUUUGGAGAAGAAAAUACCUAUUAUGUCAGUUCAAUGGAUAGUAAAUAGUUUACAUGCCCAGAAGCUUCUUCCCUUCACAGAAAAGAAAGAUGUUGUCCCUCUACCUCUCAUUAAGCUUCCUGAUACUUGUUCCAUCGGAUGGAGUCAAGAAAUUUAAGCUUGCUCAUUGCAGUCAGGAAACUAAAAGGAUCAUAGGCCGUCUUCCAUCAAAUUUCAGAUAUGGUCGUUAUGGCUGUGGGCAGUCUGUUCUAGCCUUCCCGUGGAGGUUUUAUUGACCAAAUGCCAUGUGUGCCAAGGAACUAACCAAACCAAAAACUCAAGCUUGUGAUUGAAGGUCCUAAAGUAUUUUUGUACGCUAACAUGCCCCUCACGUGUAGCCGAGGCUUAGUCCAUUGGAGCUCAUAUGCUUGGUAGGAGGAUACAAACCACUGCCCACAUGAAAUGAGUUUGGGUUAAUCCGACCUGGAAUUGAUGCUAGGAAUUUGCCAAAGUGGCGGGUUGAGGUAGGCUAGGGUUAGAAGACAAGAGAAUGAUCCCCACAAUUCCUCCAUGUCUACAUGAUCUCCCAUGAUCAUGGCUCAUGCUUGCAUAUCUUCCAGGAACAUGGCCACUACUUUUGUGCUGACUCGAGCAUAGAUUUGAUGAGGGAUGGCAUUCGG